AGCAAGGUCUGGGACACCUUUUCCGGCGUGUGUCUGCACACGUUUGCGCACCAGCACAUUGUGCGUUCCGUCGCCAUCAACUCUGCCGGCUCGCGCAUCCUCACGGGCGGCCACGAGAAGAAGCUGCGCCUCUUCGACCUCGAGCGCCCCGAGGCGGAGCCCAGCCUGCUGCGCGAGACGAGCGGAGGAGCCGAGACGGUGCAUGCCGGCAACGUCAAGAGUGUGAUUUGGGAGAGGAGGGCGGAGGAGGAGGUGGUGAGCGCCGCAGAGGACCGGACAGUCAAGUGGUGGGAUCUGCGCUCCAUGACAAAGUCGCACGAAAUGACGUUUGCCGAGCCCAUCACGUCGCUCGAGCGCGCCCUCGGCGUCGCCGGCGAGCUGCUCACCGUCACGUCGGGCAAGAGUGUCUUUUUCAUCGAUGCCGCAUCACGAACAGUGCGCAAGCAGCACACGUUGGCGCAAGCUCCCUCGUCGGCCUCGCUGCACCCCACGCAGGCGGACCGCUUCAUCACCGGCGCCACGGCCGACGGCUGGGUGCGGAUAUACGACUAUGAGAGCGGCGCCGAGCGCGAGACACACAAGGGCCACCAUGGACCCGCGCACGCCGUCAGCUACAGUCCGGAUGGUGAACUGGCCGCCAGUGGCAGCGAGGACGGUGAGUUGUUUUUG